UUAAAAUGGCAUCAACACAACACAAGACAAUGGCGUCGUCCGGCACGACGACCAACGAGAAGGAGAGGAUCCUGGUGGUGGGCGGCACGGGGUACAUCGGCAGGCACGUCGUCACCGCCAGCGCGCGCCUCGGCCACCCCACCACCGCCCUCGUCAGGGACACCGCCCCCUCCGACGACCCGCCCAAGGCGCAGCUGCUCCAGAGCUUCCGCGACGCCGGCGUCACGCUCCUCCAGGGCGACCUCUACGACCACGCCAGCCUGCUCCGCGCCGUCCGCCACGCCGACGUCGUCAUCUCCGCCGUGCGCGCGCCGCAGGUCCCCGGCCAGACCAACCUCAUCGCCGCCAUCAAGGAGGCCGGCGGGCACGUGCGGCGGUUCAUCCCCUCCGAGUUCGGCCUCGACCCGGGGCGCGGCAGCGGCGACGCGGUGGAGCCGGCCAGGUCCAUCUACAGCAGCAAGGUGGGCAUUCGGCGCGCCGUGGAGGCCGCGGGCAUCCCGCACACGUACGUGGCGUGCAACUACUUCGCCGGCUUCGCGCUGCCGUCGAUCGGGCAGUUCAUGCCGAAGGCGGCCCCGGUGGAUCGGGUGGUGAUCCUCGGCGACGGCGCAACCAAGGUGGUGUUCGUGGAGGAGGGGGACAUCGGCACGUUCACGGUGAGGGCGGCGGUGGACCCGCGGGCGGAGAACAAGACGUUGCACAUUCGGCCGGCGGCGAACACCAUGUCGCACGACGAGCUGGUGACCCUGUGGGAGAGCAAGUCCGGGAAGAAGCUGGAGAGAGUGUACGUGCCAGAGGACGCCGUGCUCAACCAAAUCCAGGAGUUGGAGUACCCGAAGAACAUAUUGCUGUCGAUCGCUCACGCGGCGUACAUCAAGGGGUUGAUGUGCGAUCCCUUGGAUGCCAUGGACGACGUGGAGGCCACCCAACUGUACCCGGACGUCAAAUACACCACAGUCCAUGACUACCUCAACAGAUUCCUCUAACAAUUCACUGCAUGAUCCAUCAUAAUCCAUCAUAUUAUAAUAAUAUGUAUCUGCAUGUUCUAAUACAUUCCUUUCGAAUGUACAAAUGAAAUUAAAUUAAAUGCGAAUGGAUCUAAUAGAUACAAAUAUUAUAUAU